UUAUUAUAUUAUACAAAUAGCAAAACAUCUGGGAAUAUAGGAAGUCCACAUUAAAAUCUAUUUUCUCACCAUUGACAUAUUUCCCGCGUAGGUUGCGAAGGCAACCGAUGCAUCUUAAACCCCGCCUCCUUACUUCUUGGGUAGGUCCAAAAGCCUAGAAGCGCACGAUUAUGAAUGGACAGAACAAUUAUCAAAUUCAACCACUGUGAGACGGAUAUCUAUCGCUUUACAGUUUUACCCCACUUUACUGAGGCGAACGAGGGGGCUCCCAGUCACGAGGAAUUCAAGCAAUGUCCCCUUUGUUUCGAAACUUUAGCUUUCGACCUCCUCAAUGCACCUGUCAGCGUUCCGAGGCCAUUUGUCAAUGCGCACAAAGUCCCGUGCGCUUUUGCGAUUGGAUCUGUACAUGGACCUUCUUUUAUCGGAGAAUGGCAUGACACGGAGCUUCAUGUUGGGAUAACAAGUAGCACAGGCGUGGUGCAUAAUUACACCUUAUCUGGUGUCCGAAGAGAUGACCAAGGAUGGGAAAAGUGUUUGUGUUUACAGCUGGUUCCCCCCUGGAGGAACAAUUUAACGCACACCUGGGACAAUGAACUGGAGCAAUUCUGCUCCACUUCUGACUGGACUCCAGAACGGUUUCAUGAGGAGAGGGAGUUUGGCUCCUGCUGCUAUGCUUUCGCUCUGGCCUUUGUGAACCACAUCCAGGUCCUGGAGGGAAAAACACCUUUGAGCAAAGAGGAGUUCACAGGGACACACAUUUUACCCAGAAUAAAGACCAUCUCAAAAUACAUCCAGGUUUAUCAAGCUAUAGCACAACACGGCUUUUAUGCUGCAGGCCAAAGGAAAGUCUGAGGUUCACUAACACUUAACAUGCCAGCAAUAGCCAUGUUAGUAAGCAGUUAAAAAAUGUUGAAUGGCAAUGACUGAAGAAGAUGUGCACUGCGUAGAAACGACAGUCAUUAUGUUUGCAUCACAAUAAAUAAAUAACUAAAAAGUAUCUGAGUGCUCCAGUCAUCCCUGGCCUAGUCUUCUGAAGUGGACCAGUUUGCUUUCCAUUGUUGAAUGGCUAUGUUGAAUAGGCCUAUAACAUCUAACUCUAAACAUGGAGAUACAACAUAUUUGAAGCAAUAUUUUUAUUCAUCUAGUAUUCUGUCCUACAAAGCAAAAAGGCGGUAAAUGUGUUGUUGAUGGAAAUGAGUUAUGAUAUUAAUGACUUGUGUAGUACUUGUGAAGUAACAAAACAGCCACAUAUCAAUAAUCUACCUAAAACUACUCAGACUGGACAACAGGAUCAUUUAAGUCCUCUUACUCAGUUUGGAGCUCUGUACUCUCCAUUGUUUUGUAUAGCAGUAUUGUGCAUUGCAUUGUGCAGCACUGUGCCCUUUUCACAUUUGUUAUGUAAACAAUGUAACUGUGAUAUACUUGCACACUGCCUUCUCUGACAUGUUAAAGAAUGCCAUGUGAAGGUGUCCAUUGUCAGGCAGGGUUGACUGGUUCUCUUCUUUCCAUCCCACGCUGCUGCUGCAGGGGUUUACCAUGAAGAUCGUAUUGCCUGCAUGUGUCAUGUGAAUGAGUGACUGCCCCAGUUCUGGUGUAUGGUGUCUAUGCAUUGACAAUAAAGGCUAUUUGCUAUUCCAUUC